ACGGAUUCAGUCGUGCUUGCAAAAGAUCGAGGAGGGCCAUCAAAUUUGACACUGUUCUGUUUUCUUGUGCAUGUCUGACGUGGAAAUUGCAGAAAAAUUGCCGUGAAUUAAGUGCUUUUCUGCGUUAACUGCUUCCGAAUUAUGCUGUAAAAAUUACUACGCUGUUCAGAGAGGAUUAAGUGACAUCGUUUAGCAUAGCAGAAGUUGUAAUAGUUGCUGAUAAUGAAUCCACAGAUGACUUCGUACGGUCAGCCGCCCCAAGGGUGGCAACAACCGGGAAUGGGUCAGAUGCCUCCACCACCCGUCAAUGGAGCUCCGCAAAGUCUACCCAAUCAAUUUCAAAACAUGUCAGUUGGCGGUCCUCCAAAACCCAAUAUGAACGGGCCACCGUUCCCUAAUCAACAAAUGGUUGGACGUCCCCCAUCGGGUGCAGUACCCAUGCCGGGAGCAUUCCCACCAGGACCUCAGUCUCAACCGCCAUUGCAAAAUGGUCCUCCGUCUGCGGGAGUAAAUAGACCACCGAUGCAAAAUUUUGGCCUACCCAAUGGACAUCAACAGCCAUCGCCCAGUCAACCAGGAAUGCCUCCUAUGCCCCCGAUGACAUCUGGUCCGCUAGGAGCCAUGCCUCCUCAGCUUCCACCUACUGCAGCAGGUCCUCCAAGACCGGGACAACCGAUGCCUCCCAUGGGGCAGCAAACAUCAUCGAUACCGGGAUUACCGCCUGCAGCAUAUCCUGUACAGCAACCUCAGCACUAUCAUCAACAACAACAACCACCCCAGUCGCUCCAACAACCACUCCAGCAAACACCAGCAUCUCAAUAUCCACCACAACCUGGACAUCCGCAGCAAUUUCCCGGCCAACCCGGAUAUCCUCCGACGGCAGGUGGAAUGCCACCAAUGCAGCCAACCAGUGGUGGUGUAGUGGGUGUACCUCCUAACCAGUAUCCUCCAGGUCCAGGAAUGCCUCCAACAAUGAAUACGGGAAUGCCUCCAAUGCCGAACGCAGCAGCCCCCAACGUACAGGGCUAUCCCCCUCAGCCGGGACAAAUGGGGCAAAUGCCGGGGGGACCGCAUAUGCCGCCACCGCAUCCGCGUGGAUACAAUCAACCACCGGCAGCACCACAAGGAUAUAACCAGAUGCCGGGCCAACAGUAUCAGCAGGGUCCAGCGGGUGCCCCACAGUACCCGCCGGGAGGGAUGGCUCCUCCGCCACAGCAGAAACGUCUCGAUCCGGACAGCAUGCCCAAUCCUAUUCAGGUUAUGAGCGAGAACCAACGCUCCAAUGGUGGUGUGUUUGCGACCAACCAAGCCGGUCUGGUACCACCAUUAGUGACCACCAAGUACACUACACAAGAUCAGGGCAACUCCGGGCCACGCUUCAUUCGGUCAUCGAUGUACAACGUCCCGGCCAACACGGACAUGAUGAAGCAAAGCGCUGUUCCAUUUUCGCUAAUAGUAUCACCCUUUGCGCGACCCGCUGAGAAAGAACUUGCUCCACCGAUCGUAAACUUCGGUGAACUUGGUCCUAUACGGUGCAUUCGCUGCAAGGCUUACAUGUGUCCAUUCAUGCAGUUCAUCGAUGGUGGACGUCGUUUCCAAUGUCUGCUCUGUAAGGCGACCACUGACGUUCCGGCGGAGUAUUUCCAGCAUCUGGACCACACUGGCCAACGCAUGGACAAAUACGAACGCCCGGAAUUGGUUCUGGGAACAUAUGAAUUUGUUGCUACCAAGGAUUACUGUAGGAACAAUACUCCACCCAAACCACCGGCAAUGGUGUUUGUAAUCGAUGUUUCUUAUAAUAACGUUAAGUCCGGGCUGGUACAUCUACUUUGCUCCGAAAUGAAAAACAUCAUUCGCAACUUACCCAUCGAUGAGGGUCAGCAGAAGACCGCUAUGAAGGUCGGUUUCAUCACUUACAACAACUCGGUUCACUUCUACAACGUCAAAGACAGUCUGGCUCAACCACAAAUGAUGGUGGUCGGAGAUGUCCAGGAAAUGUUCAUGCCACUCCUGGAUGGUUUUCUGGUCGAUCCGGAAGAAUCCAGUGCUGUCAUCGAUUCCCUGAUGGAACAGAUUCCCAAGAUGUUCGGAGAGACACGUGAAACCGAGACCAUUCUCCUGCCGGCACUUCAAGCUGGUCUCGAAGCGCUGAAGGCUUCCGAAUGCGCUGGUAAAUUGUACGUGUUCCAUUCAUCGCUCCCGACGGCCGAAGCUCCUGGUAAGCUGAAGUCACGCGACGAUCGCAAGCUGCUUGGAACGGACAAGGAGAAGACGGUUUUGACUCCACAGUCAACGGUUUACAACAUGCUUGGUCAGGAAUGCGUUGGUGCUGGUGUGUCGGUAGACCUGUUCGUUUUCAACAACUCAUAUAUCGACCUGGCGACGAUUGGCCAGGUUGCCCGUUUAACGGGAGGAGAGGUCUACAAGUACACCUACUUCCAGGCCGAUAUAGAUGGAUACCGUUUGGUUAAUGAUUUGAUUAAAAAUAUUUCGAGGCCGAUUGCAUUCGACACCGUCAUGCGCGUUCGUACAUCUACUGGUAUUAGGCCAACUGACUUUUUCGGACACUUCUUCAUGUCCAACACCACGGAUAUGGAAAUCGCCAGUAUUGACUGCGACAAGGCGGUAGCAAUUGAGAUCAAACAUGAUGAUAAGCUAACGGAUGAGAAUGUAUUCAUCCAGGUGGCGCUGCUCUACACAUCUUGCUCCGGGCAACGCCGUUUACGUAUUCUGAAUCUUAGCCUCAAAACGUGCACCCAAUUGGCGGAUUUGUUCCGCAGCUGCGACCUGGAUACAACCAUCCUGUUCUUCGCCAAACAAGGUCUCUUCAAGCUACUUGAGAACAAUCCGAAAGCGAUCAAAGAUUCGCUAAUCAAUCGAGCAGCGCAAAUACUGGCAUGUUACCGCAAGAAUUGUGCUUCUCCUACUUCUGCCGGGCAGUUGAUCCUACCGGAAUGCAUGAAAUUACUGCCAUUGUACACCUCGUGUCUGCUGAAGAACGAUGCCUUCUCAGGGGGUUCAGAUCUGACCUUGGAUGACCGGUCUUAUGCGAUCUACUUUGUAAUGAGCAUGGAUUUGCCGACUUCAGUGCAAUUCUUCUAUCCGCGAUUAAUACCGAUUCACGAUGUUCAGCUUGAAGACACUGACGUCCCAGCCGCCAUCCGAUGCACGGCGGAUAAAAUGAUGGAAGAUGGUGCUUACAUUUUGGAAAACGGUAUUCAUAUGUUCUUGUGGCUGGGCUUGGGUCUUACACCGGAGUUUACACAAUCGGUCUUCGGAGCACAGUGCACACAGCAGAUCGAUACAGACCGUACGGGUUUACCAGUAUUCGACAAUCCACUUUCAAAACGUGUUCGGGGAAUUGUCGACAGUAUACAGAACGAGCAGCAUCGGUGCAUGAGGCUCACUUUGGUACGGCAGCGUGACAAGUUGGAAAACGUACUACGUCACUUCCUGGUCGAGGAUCGCGGUAUUAGUGACGGUUCCGCCAGCUACGUGGAUUUCCUCUGUCACAUGCACAAAGAGAUUCGAACACUACUGAGCUAGCUGGAUUGCAAUGGAAACAGUUUGAGUAGUCGCUUUAGAUUUACCUACAACAACAACAACAACAACAGUAACCAUACUACAACGGCAUCGAUCAACAACAACAACAACAUUAUAAAUAAUUGUGCGCACCGUCAACGCCAAGUGCAGCAGGGUAGUGAGAUUAACGGAAACCUUCAACCCAUGCCCUGUGGUCAGUAUCCGCGACGUCCGCCGAGUGACGAUGGCGACGAUGAUGAGAACGAUACCAUCGAAGAGGAAGAUGAAGAAGAGGAAGGAGAGGACAGCAAUUCGGCUCCGGCGGGACAUCAUCAACAUCAACAAUACUACCAGCACCAGUACACAUCGGCCUCGCCCGGCAGAAGCAUCUCUCAGAAUCGUACCAGAGCAUUGCGAUACCGUAAAGCAUUCAUGGGAAAGUGGUAAUAGUUUUAGAUGGUUUUCUUAUACAUUUAUUAUUUUUUAACAUAUUACGAUUAUUUUUUCACUCUAGACCUACCUAUAUAUUGAAUGAUGACAUGUGCGACAAACGAUAAAAAAAAACCAUAAGAAACCUGUAAAACUAGCCGGGUGUGUUUUGCUUAGAUGUUUACAUUGAACGUGAAGUGAAUCAAUUAACUUAACAUUUACACAUACCUACCUACUUGUUGACUAUUACAGGUAAUGUCUAUGAUCAAGAAGAAGUACUAAUACUAUAAAUAAUUGCAACCGACUAUUGAAUGUGAACAGAGAAAUUGUGAAUUUCACGUGUACUAGUGUAAUGGGUUUAGGAACUAAUUGAUUGGCAUAAGAAGAACGCGAAGCAUGAGAAGAGUUACUUUAUUAAUAUAUUUGAGUAAAGUGAGUAAACAAUAUACCCUCAAUCGGAUUACACACACAAAAUAGCAAAAAUAUACGGAAAUAUUAUUAUCAUUGCAAAA